AUGUAUAUUAGGAAUAGAAGGCGGGGUCAUACUUCGAUUGGUCGAAGAGUGAACACAUUGCCAUUAAGGCGAGAUGCAUUAGAUAAUAUCAUUGGGGAGGGUGGAGAUAGAAAUUGCAUAUGGGAGUUAAGAAUGAGUUUAAAUGCAUUUGCAACUUUAUGUGAAUUGCUACAAGUUCAAGGUGGAUUAGACGAAGACGGUAUUUUCACAAGGUAUUGUGUUCGUAAUGGCUUGAAAAUACCUAUUGGGUGUUAUUACUUAGUGGAUGCUGGCUAUACCAAUGGGAGAGGAUUUUUAUCUCCUUAUAGAAAUGUUCGCUAUCAUGUGAAUGAGUGGGUUCAAGGUCAUCGGGCACCACAAAAUCGUCUAGAGUUAUUUAAUAAGAAGCAUUCUUCGGCUAGAAAUGUGAUUGAGCGGUGCUUUGGGUUGCUUAAGAAAAGAUGGGCAAUUCUACGAAGUCCCUCGUUCUAUCCUAUUAGGGUUCAAAGCCACAUUAUUAUUGCUUGUUGUUUGUUACAAAAUUUUAUUCGUAUGAACAUGGAUGUUGAUCCCGAAGAAGAUGCAACUCUUUUGCCAGAACACAUACCGGUAGGAGAUGAUACUAUUGUUGAUGAAGCUGACACUAUUGAUGUUGUGGAAAGUAGCCAUGAGUGGACUCAAUGGCGUGAGGACCUAGCAACCGAGAUGUGGAAAAUAUGGAGAGGAGAACGUGGCGCGUAA